UGCAAAUUGGCAACGUGUCUUUUGCUUUGAACGUAGAUUAAUCUACAAUGGGUCGUGUAAUUCGUGCACAACGUAAAGGUGCGGGAUCUGUAUUCAAGUCCCACACCAAAAAGAGGAAAGGAGCACCCAAACUACGUUAUUUAGAUUUCUCAGAAAGACAUGGUUACAUUAAGGGUGUUGUAAAAGAUAUCAUACAUGACCCUGGUCGUGGUGCUCCAUUGGCAGUAGUACAUUUCAGAGAUCCCUACAAGUUCCAAACUAGGAAGGAAUUGUUUAUUGCCCCUGAAGGAAUGUACACUGGACAAUUUUUGUACUGUGGAAAAAAAGCUAACCUCCAAAUUGGAAAUGUAUUGCCUGUAGGAACUAUGCCUGAAGGUACCAUUGUAUGCAAUUUAGAAGAAAAAACUGGUGAUCGUGGUCGGUUAGCUCGUGCAUCUGGAAACUAUGCUACUGUAAUUGCCCAUAAUCAUGAUACAAAGAAAACCAGAGUUAAGUUGCCCUCUGGAGCCAAGAAAGUUAUUCCAUCAAACAAUAGGGCUAUGGUUGGUAUUGUUGCUGGAGGUGGUCGUAUUGACAAACCAAUCUUGAAAGCAGGUCGUGCUUACCACAAAUACAAAGUUAAACGUAACUGCUGGCCUAAGGUACGUGGUGUUGCUAUGAACCCUGUUGAACAUCCUCACGGAGGUGGUAACCAUCAACACAUUGGUAAAGCAUCCACAGUUAAAAGAGGAACAUCUGCUGGUCGUAAAGUUGGUCUUAUCGCCGCUAGGAGAACUGGUAGGAUUAGGGGAGGCAAAGUCGAUGCCAAGAAAGAAGAUUAGGCUAUAUGAGUUAAAGUUUUUUGUACAAUCUGUAUCAGUGUAUUUCUUGUGGAUUAUAUUUAUAUUUGGAUAUUCUAAAUUCAUUGGAAAUAUAUUGAUUUCAUGUUUUUU